AGAUGGAAGACUGAGUGAGUGUGAGAGAGAAAGAGAGAGAGAGAGAGAUGGAUACAUUGUAACUUCAGAAAAUGACAGAUCUCAAGAACCAUCCGUGAGAGAGGGAAGAAUCUUGACAGAUCCCUUCAUUUUGCUGAAAGGGAAGCCGGUGGUCUCUGACAGAGAGUUGUUGUGUGCCCUUAUUUGACUGCCAAAGGCACAGAUACGACAUGUUGACAGAAAGCAGAAAACGCAGACACAGCUGUGAUGCUGAGGAGCUUCAGGUCUUGCCCCAGGCAAAGAGGUCUGGAGGUUAUCCCUUUCUCCCUGAGUUUGGCCAUGAUGUCUGGGACUCUGAGUCUUCCAGCAGUGACAGCAGUGGGAUCAGCAGUCCGGAGCGGAUGGCGGGAGCCAGUUCCAACAUCCAGAACACUGACCAAAGAGGACUCCAUGUAUCCCAGGCUCCCUGCAGCCCCACUGCCCCCACCAUCUCAACAGAAGAGCCGGCCAUCUCCUUGAGCCACAACAUCUCAUAUGAUCACAUCAACCGUAUCUUAAGGGAAGCCCACUUCAAUAGCCUGCAAACUCGUGGUCAACAAGGACAGACGUAACUCUUCCAGCACCCACUGGCAUUAAGGAACAGUGCACAUGGGACCUUUUAGAGGGUCAUUAUUGGCCAUUUGAAGGCCUAGCACAAAUAUAGGCCCUCUGAAUGCUUUUGUCUUCUUUCUUAUAGCACUUUUUCAUGUUCAUAGUGUUUAUGUGGGGCUAUACUUGAUGUGUUGACCAUGAACUUCACAUAGGUGCUAUUUAAAAGAAAUAUCUUGUAAAUUGUUGCAAGAUUUUGUAAGCCCUUUACUAGACAGUCACACAUGGUGCUACUGCAGUUCUGGGUAAUGUUUUAUUCAGACACAUGCAUUUGGCCAAUUCUGAUACCCUUUGUCCGGUGUAGAAAAGGAAAAGAAAUCAAUUUCCUGUAUUUAAGAGCUGACUAGAAACCAUGUGAUUAUAAUGCAGCCCUGCUUUGGAGUCAUUCCAGAUUAUUAUUCUGAUUAAUAAUGCAGUUAACGUGUUAACAGAAGAUUCUGGUUUGGUUCUGACUGGAAUUUAGACUCUUUCAGGAAGUUUUUGGGGCUUGAUGAUUGCUUACAUAUCCAAAACUCAGGUCUAGAGGAUUUCUCUCUGCGUGCCAUGAAGGUUCAGACUUUAUUAUGGAACUUGGUGCCAGAUCCUUAGAAUUUUUAUAUCACAUAGACUCUCUUUACCUUUAACCUUAAAGAAAAAAGAAAGAAAAAAAAAACAGAUAUUAGCACUUGUAGAGAGACUAUUCUGAAAAUGCAUGCUGGACUCAGGUCUAUUAAUGUACAUAAUGAAGCACUCUUUGUCUAGGUGUAAACCAAUGAGAAUCAUUGUGCGAAUCCAGUGACUGCAAAUUGAAAUCCAUGUCUGAUAUUCGCACAAGAAUUUCCUGGUUUCUUUUUGCUAUAAUCAGAGCUGGAAAUAAACUAGUUUAGAUCAGUCACUGCGCUCCCUGUAAUACGAGGACUCGUCUUCUAUGGUCAGACCAGGAUGACCUAAAAUUAGCUUGCACCUAACUUAGCACUCUACAGUAUCACGUCACCGCAAGAUACUAAAUAUUUUACCUUAAAAAAUAUCAAUACAACCCAUUUAUGCCUCUGUUUGACCAAUAUACAUGAUUCUUUUCAAAAUGGUAAACUAAACAGGAAUGUAGUGCUCCUAAAUCUAGUAUAGUUCAGUCCAUUUUAGACAUACAUACUCUUGAAGCUUAGUCCAAACAGAUUGUAUGUGGACAGCUACAUCAUUUUCAAGUAGGUGAUCUAAUUGUGUACGAGAUACUGAUGUACUUUAAACUACUCUGUGCACAACACUGUACAUCCCAGGCACUAUGCUUUGUGAGGAAGGACCUUUAGCUUCUGAUGAUGGAAAUUGUGCCUACAGUCACCAUUGUUUUAGGACUGUAUAUAAUGUAUAGCUAGCAUAUAUACAAUCAUUGUUAUUUUAUUAAAUGUU